AUGUCGCUUGCUCAAGGACGUCUCCAAGAGGAACGAAAGAACCGGCGAAAGGACCAUCCUUAUGGCUUUUUUGCACGCCCUGAACCAUCGGGAGAGGGCUCGUCCAACAUUAUGAAAUGGAACGCUGGUUUCCCAGGGAAGAAAGGCACAGAUUGGGAGGCUGGAGUGUACAAAGUUUCCAUGGACUUCAGCGCGGAAUAUCCAGCUAAGCCACCCAAGUGCAAAUUCGUGCCUCCACUAUUUCAUCCCAAUGUGUAUCCAUCGGGAAUGAUUUGUCUGAGCAUUCUCAAUGACGGAGAAGAGGGGGAUUGGCGGCCUGCCAUUAGUAUCAAGCAGAUUCUGUUGGGAAUCCAAUAUCUGUUGGACAACCCUAACCCAGCCAGUCCAUCCCAAAGCGAGGCCAUCCAUCUUUACACAAAUGAUAAACCCGCGUACAAACAGCGAGUUCGGCCUGAGGCGGAGAAGAACAAGCUUUAA